AAUUUAUGUGAACGCAAAUUUGUUAAGUACCAAGCCCAGCCCAACCCAACCCCAAGUCAGCAGUCUAUUUCUUCCCCAUAGACUUGCCACCACUGCGCAUCUUAUACAAGAUCCUCUUUCUCUCUUUCUCUCUCCUACAAUCCUAUUCCCUUUUCGCUCCUUGUAUGUAUAAAUAGUAGCACUCAUAUAUAAAUAAAUAGAGAUCCUCCUCCUCCCUAUAGAUUCCCAGAAUCGCGCUCUUUCACUCUCUGAGAUACCAGAAACGAACCCAGAAAAGAAAAAAAUUAAAAAGGAAAGAAAAAAACGUUCUUUCUGCAUCCCUUUUUUUUUUUGGCGCGAAAAAAAAGGAGGCAGCAAUGAAAAUAGCCAAUGGGGAUCGGGAGGUGUGCGUGGCCUCGCCUGCGGCUAAAGCUCCGUCGGUCGGAGAUGAGAAAGAGAGGGAGGCAGACGCAUUCGUGCCACCUCUAAACUUUGCGAUGGUCGACAAUGGCGUGUUUAGGUCCGGUUUCCCUCAUUCUGCCAAUUUCAGCUUUUUGAAAUCCCUAGGCCUACGUUCCGUUAUAUACUUGUGCCCGGAGCCGUAUCCGGAGGAGAACGAAGAGUUUUUGAAAGAAAAUGGGAUUAGGCUUUUCCAGUUUGGGAUGGAUGGCUCUCAGGAACAUUUUGUGAAAAUUCCGGAGCAUGCAAUUCGUGAAGCAUUAAAAGUAGUCCUCGAUGUAAGGAAUCACCCGCUCCUGAUUCAUUGCAAACGAGGGAAGCACCGGACAGGCUGCCUUGUUGGAUGCGUAAGAAGGUUGCAAAAAUGGUGCCUGACCUCAAUCUUCGACGAGUACCAGAGGUUUGCAGCUGCAAAAGCUAGAGUUUCAGAUCAAAGGUUCAUCGAAUUGUUUGAUAUUUCUAGCGUCGAACACUUGCCAAUGUCAUUUUCGUGUUCAAAAAGGAUAGUGUAGAGUCUUUCGCUCCCUAGAGAAUGACCUUUCGGCCCUUUUAGUAUGUGAAGAUGAUUAUUGAUGAUUGAUCAAGUCCAGAAGAAUGUGCAGUACUCAAAAUGCGUGUUCAUUUUCAUUCAAAUCUGUACCUAGCAGUACAAAAUAGGCGUUGAUUCCAACUUCACUUUAAACUUUUUAUGAUGCAUGAAUUUGACCUGUCACUAAAUUCCCAGUCGAAUA